AUUUUCCCUCCGGGCUCUCUGCCGCCGCUGCCUUUAUCCAGCAAAAAUGUGUCUCUCUUUUGUGCUUGCUCGCCGCUGAGUGCGCUAGGUGGCUAACUCGGAAACCGGGCAGAGCAGGUGCUGUGAACGCAGAGCCAGCGUGUGUGUGAGGAGUUCCAGGGUCCUAGGACCGGCAGCCUGGCCUCUGAGAUCGGCAACGAUAUCGUUUCUGGCGGCUGACCGCCCUCUCCUCCGCUUUCCACCCAACGCCCUCUCCUCCUCCUCCUCCCUCCUACUGCAGUGCUUCUCCUCUCGCCUCCGUGCUCGCACUGGUGCCCUGCGUUUUCGUCGCUCAUCGCUGCUGACCACCCGAUACCCGGCGGGAUAUCGGACUGAGGCUGUAUCUGCUGGAUUGCCUUCACGAACCGCCACGAACGUUACGUCCCUUUCACGUCCUUCUAUUCUGAUCAGCGAGGCCCCAAAACAAUGGAGACCCAUCAUCAGGAUCCGGAGGAAUUCUAUGUAAAACAGGACAGGAUCGGCAAGGGGUCCUUCGGAGAGGUGUACAAAGGCUACGACAAGCGAACCCAAAAGACUGUUGCCAUAAAGAUCAUUGACCUGGAGAGUGCCGAGGAUGAGAUAGAAGAUAUCCAACAGGAGAUUCAGAUUCUAUCGCAACUGGAUUCCCCACAUGUCACCAAAUACCAUGGAUCUUACCUGAAGGGCUCUCAUCUUUGGAUCGUUAUGGAAUAUUGUUCCGGUGGAUCAUGCUCGGACUUGAUGAAACCGGGUGUCUUUCGCGAAGAGUAUAUCGCUAUCAUUGUGCGGGAGCUGUUGAAAGGUCUUGAAUAUCUCCACAGUGAGGGUAAGCUCCAUCGAGACAUCAAGGCCGCAAACAUUCUAUUGUCCGCUACCGGCGAUGUGAAGCUGGCCGAUUUCGGUGUCUCGGGCCAACUAUCUGGCACUCUAUCUGCAAAGAAGAACACCUUUGUCGGGACGCCGUAUUGGAUGUCGCCAGAGGUCAUCAAGCAGAGCGGCUAUGAUCACAAAGCUGACAUAUGGAGUUUAGGCAUCACGGCGAUUGAGCUCGCCAAGGGGGAACCUCCUUAUGCAGAACUUCACCCGAUGAAGGUUUUGUUCUUGAUACCGAAGAACCCGCCGCCUACUCUGGAUGGACUUUUCUCUAAAACGUUCAAGGAAUUUGUAUCGUACUGCCUCCAGCGAGACCCUCGAGACCGUCCGUCAGCACGCGACCUGCUGAAACACAAAUUCGUGCGCAUGGCAAAGAAAACGAGCUAUCUUACCGAGCUCAUCGAGCGCCACGAGCGCUGGAAGGCAGAGGGCGGUGAGAGGGCGGAGGAGGAAGAGCGGCUCCAUGCCGAGGACCUGUCUAACAGCGAUCCGGAGGAUCUCUGGGACUUCGGCACCGUUCGACAUGCGACAACAAUUGGGCGUGCUCAGCCAACGGUUCAUGUCUCCGGGCCACCACUGACAUGGGAGAACAAUAUGAACGGCAAGGGCAGCGCCCACUCAGACGACCCAGCGACGCCCACUGCCUCUUCUGCGUCGAGUUCUACCUUUACUGCGCACAAGGACAGAGACGUCUCGGAGUCAACGCGGGCUACCUCCGUCAGCUCAAGGGCGGGCUUGCCCGCGGCGCCGGCGCCCAAGAAGACGGAUCAGCACGCAACGAUUCGCAAUGGCACGGGCGUGCGCGCUGUCCGACAGCCUUCGGACGAGUACGAGGGCUAUGAAGGUCCGGACCUCGAUGCUUUUCCGACGCCCAUGCCUGCGAACCACCACGACGUCGUCGACGAGGAGCUGCCGGACACGACUAUGUUGGAUUCGGUUGUCCUGCCUGCGAUCGCCUCGCUUUUCCCGCGUGUGUCCACGCAGGAAGCCCGCGUUGCGCUCAGUGCGUUGCAGCGCGCGUUCAACGACGCCGAGCGUGUCAUCCCCGGCGUAACGAUGGAGCUCAUCAACGAAAUUGUGGACUCGGUCGAGCAUGUAGAAGAUGACCGAUGAAGGGCGCCCGGCUGAUAACCUAUAGUGUGUAUGCGUGCCGUGACACCAUUCUCCUUCAAGCAUCUCUCUCCCAGCACUUCUAUCGGACGUUCAUCCUACCCAUAUUUCAAUCGCUCUGAUCACGUAUAUCUAGUCACGCAGUUGCUUUUAUCCCCGCGUUUCAUUGUAUCACCACGCUCUGCUUUCUU